CUCGCAGAGAUCAAUACCCUGCACUGACUGACCAUCCUCCGUUUGCCCUCUGGACCCCAGGACGGCAGGCCAAAUCCCACCUACGCUCCACACAAACACUGUGGCAGAAAGCCUCUGCACCUCAUCCCGCCGCCGCCGCCGCCACCUGUGGAACGCUUGGACCACCCAAAGGCUCUGGAGAGUGCACCCUGGGAGGCCUGGGGUGGGUGAACGCUCUGAAAGAUGGCAGUCUUUUGGAAAGCAGUAGCAGGUGGACUGCUCCUCACUGUGAGCCUGCUGGGGGGGCCAACUGCGGGCCAGGGGAGCUUACGGGGUAAGAAACAAGUAUCGGGCGAUUCCGUCUUCUACCUGAGUCAGGCCAGAGACCUCUGGAGGCCGCUGAUCCACACAGCAGUCAACCUCUCAGAAAUCAACAGCAUCAAGUCCUCCUUCCAGUUUCGGACCUAUGAUCCAGAAGGUCUGAUCUUCUACGGAGACACCAAAAACGGAGAGGAUUGGUUCGUCCUGUCUUUGAUGAACGGCAUCCCCCUGAUGCAGAUCAGCAAAGAAGGCAUGCUGGUCAGUGUGGAAGGUGGGCUGAAGCUCAACGAUGGGAAGUGGCACACGCUGGAAGUAAGCAACCAGGGAAAGUUUGUCAUUCUGGAGGUCGACGGCUCAACCGGACUAAAGGUGGGCAUGCAGUCUCAGCAGACGGAGGAGGUCAUUUCAGGCGGACUUCGACUGGCCCUCGGUGGGAUCCUGAUCGAGAAGGAAAAAAUGAUUGUUCAGUUUAAGCCGCAGAUGGACGCCUGUGUGCGGCACGGCAGCUGGCUGAACAUCAGUAUUCCAUGGGAGUCGGAGGUGGAGGAGCUGCGGCAUUGCUACCAAAACAUUCGACCUGGAAGCUACUUCUCGGGCACAGGAUUCGCUGUUUUUAGCACUUCAGUUUUUCAGACUGAUGAAUAUGCUGCGCUCAGGGUUGAGCUUUGGGCGGAUUUCCGUCAGAUGAAUGGAACCAUUCUGAGCAUAAAGCCUUUACAAAAAGAACUGGAGUUUAGGGUGGAAGCCAGUAAGAACACAGAGGAGCUCACAGUCAGUUUCAGGGAGGAGAAGUUUAUUUUGAAAAGCACUUUCAAGAAACUACUCAUUACGUUCUCGAAAAGUGAACUGAAAGUGCUUCAAGACGGAGAUGAAUCACAAAGCACAACAUUAUCCGUCAAUCCAGAGUUGACAACUUGGAGAGAGGGUCUUCUCGCAAUUGGGGGUCUUUUAGGUGAAGGUGAGGACGGCUCCCACUUCUUGACAGGCUGUCUGGAAAAGAUCCAAGUCCAGGGAAGGGAUUUGGAUCUGGAUUUAGCUGUCAAGCACAUGUCCAUCUCCUCUCACAGCUGCCCUGCAUAAAACAACAAAAGCAUGCGCUGCAUGUCAGCAGCAGCUGAUGCCUUUAUUCUGUCUAAACAGAACGAUAGACCCACCAUCAGACUGAAAAAUAAUCUGUUAUAAAGUCCAGACACAAAAUAAAAAUGAAGACCUUAAAGCUGGUCUGGAAACUCUAUAAAAUCCUAAUGAAAGAUGUGAAUAAACAGAUGGAGAACGGCUAGAAGAGAGAA